UUGGUACGGUCUUGUCGCCCAUCCGCGGACAAUCCUCAAGGUCUCACGCGUCAUGGCGAUCGUCCAAGAAUCAGUCUCGGUUAGCUGCCGGCCGAGCAGACUACGACCUAGGGGCAAGAACUUCCCCUGUCUAUCGCGCGUAUAUAAGACGGCCUCGUCGAGAGUCCCCUUAGACAUACACACCUCUGCCAGCCAUGGGAAAGUACCCGCCUACCACCUUCAUCGCUGAUCAGCUCUCCUAUCACGCGCCGGUCCUCAAGAAAGACCUGUCUGGGAAGACGGUCGUCGUCAUUGGCGCGAAUGUAGGCCUUGGGUACGAAGCAUCGAAGCACUUCGCAACGAUGGGGGCCGCCAAAGUCAUCAUGGCGUGCCGUAGCAAAGAGCGUGGCUCUGCAGCGGUUGAGCGCGCGCAGCAAGAGUCAGGGCUGAAGACCCUGGAGUUGAUGCUCGUAGACCUGGCUGAUUUCUCUUCGGUGACGAAGUUCGUCGCCGAGCUAGAGGCGCGCGUGGAUCGCCUCGACUACCUGGUCCUGAACGCAGGCAUAAUCCCAGGCAGUACCAAGCGCGAGACGACAGUGGAUGGCUGGGAGCCAACAAUACAAACCAAUGUGAUUUCGACAUCUCUCCUCGCGCUCCUGUUGUUGCCCCUCCAAAUACGCACAGCGCGGGAGAGGAAUACCAUCCCGCGCACGGUCGUUGUCGCCAGCGCCGUGCACUACUGGGCCCCGCCUUGGGGGAGGGAUAUCCUCAAUGCUCCGGGAAUCUUGAAAGCGCUGUCCGACAAGGAGGAGAUCGAUACCUCGGUGCGCUACCAGGAAUCAAAAUUGUGCAACGUCCUUUUUGCACGCGCCCUCAACGAGCGCCUCCGCCAGACGCACCCCACCAUCAUCGUUAACUCCGUCGACCCCGGCCUCUGCUCUACCAGCCUCUCCCGCAACAUGAAGCCUGAGGAUCUGCCCCUUGCUCGCCGCCUCAUGUUCGCCACUCUCUCCGUCUCCGCUGAGGUCGGCAGCCGGGAGCUCAUGUGGGCGGCCCUCGCCGGCAGCGAGCAUGCGGACUCGAUGCGCGGCGCGUUCUGCAGCCGCAAUAUGGUGCGCGAGCCCUCGGACUUUGUGCUCAGCGAGGAUGGGCGGAUUGCGCAGGAUAUGAACUGGCGCGAGAUUGUGGCAAUUGGCGAGAAGAUCGAGCCGAAGAUUGGCCAGAUCGUGAAGGAAUAUUUGUUGGACCUGUAGUUGACCUUGAUGUGUCUUCGGAGACUUUGUACCCAGCGUCCAUGUGUGCAUUAUAGAACCGACGAUAUAUACAGCAUGUUGUACCA